UGCUAUAGAACCCAGGGUAGUGUUCUCUAUAAAGCUUAUUGGAAGAGUCAAGUUGAUUGGAAGCUUAUUCAGGAUCGAAGACUUAUUAGCUGAUUGACCUCCUAUUUGUAAUCCUCUUCACAUCUCUAUUCAACAUCUUCUUUUGCAAUAGUAGUAAGUAAGGACUUCAAUGGAUCCAUCUGUGGUCAGUGUUCUUGGACUACUGCUUUGUAUCUCAUGUCUUCUUCUCAUUUUGGUAUGGAAAAAAGGCUUUGGAAAGGGAAAGCUUCCCCCCGGUCCUGUUCCUCUUCCCAUUAUUGGCAAUUUACUGCAGCUGAACCUGAAAAAUAUCUCUGAAUCUCUUUGCAUGCUAGCAAAAGAAUAUGGCCCAGUAUUCAGUCUGCAAUUGGGUUUAGAGCAUGUUGUUGUGUUACAUGGAUACGAGGCAAUAAAGGAAGCUCUGAUUGAUCAUGGAGAGAAGUUCAAUAGCAGAGGACCUAUGCCAAUUUUUGAAUUCGUUACCAAUGGAUUAGGACUUGGUGUAAGCAAUGGAGAGAGAUGGAAGCAACUUCGGCAAUUCUCCAUCAUGACCCUGAGGAAUUUGGGGAUGGGGAAGAGGAGUAUUGAGGAGCGAAUCCAAGAAGAGGCAAAGUUCCUUGUGGAGGAGUUAAAAAAAACCAAAGGAUUACCAUGUGAUUCCAUGUUCAUUCUUGGCCCUGCUCCUUGCAAUGUAAUCUGCUCUGUCAUUUUCCAGAAACAUUUUGAAUAUAAAGACAAGAAAUUGCUUCAUUUAAUGAAGCUUAUAGAUUCAGAGUUCACGAUUGUGAAUUCCCCAUGGAUUCAGGUCUACAAUUAUUUUCCAUCUCUAGUUCAUUAUCUCCCUGGAUCUCAUCACAAAGUAUUUGAAAUUUUUCGUUCAAUGUAUAAAUUUAUUUUGGAAGAAGUGAAGGAACACCAAAGGACACUAGACCACAAUCAUCCUCGGGACUUCAUUGACUAUUUCCUGAUAAAAAUUGAGCAGGAAAAGCAACAUCCACAAUCUGAAUUUACCAUUGAAAACUUGAUCUGGACUGUAAAUAGUCUCUUUCGUGCAGGAACAGAGUCAACGAGAUCCACCUUGAGAUAUGGUUUCUUGAUUCUUCUGAAACACCCUGAGAUACAAGAAAAAAUUCAUGAAGAAAUAGAACGUGUGAUUGGCCGAAGUCGAAGUCCUUGCAUGGAGGACAGAAACAAGAUGCCUUACACCAAUGCAGUGGUCCAUGAGAUACAGCGAUAUACUGACAUAGUACCCACUGGUGUGCCCCAUGCAGUUUCACAAGAUACUCAAUUUAGACAAUAUCUUAUCCCCAAGGGUACCACCAUAAUUCCAUUACUGACUUCUGUUCUGAAUGAUGAUGAAGAAUUCCCCAAUCCUCAUCAGUUUGACCCAGAUCAUUUCCUGGAUGAAAGUGGCAACUUUAAGAGGAGUGACUAUUUCAUACCUUUUUCAAUAGGAAAACGGAUGUGCCUUGGUGAGGGCUUGGCUCGAAUGGAAUUAUUUCUGUUUUUUACUACCAUCCUACAGAAUUUUACCUUGAAACCUCUCAUUGACCCAAAAGAGAUUGACACCAAUCCAGUUGCUAAUAGAUUGAUCAAAGUACCUCCCCCCUAUAAGCUCUGUUUCCUACCUUCCUAA